AUGAUUACUGCUUUCAAAUAUUUCAUGACCGUAAUUGACGUGGUGAUUCCCGAUCAGUGUUGUGGCGGUUACUUCUUUGUUACGAUUAUGUGUGGGAUAUUUGCAUACUUGAAUUACCUAUGUUCUCGUACACGGCAGGAAAUAAUCGACAUCUUAAUCAAAGGUUUACAACGUCUCGAGUAUAGAGGAUAUGACAGCGCCGGUUUGGCUAUCGAUGGCGAUGUUGGAAGUCAAGGCGAUCAGUACGUCGAGAUUCUGUUGUUGAAGAAAUCCGGGAAGGUCAAGGCGCUGGAGGAUGAAAUUUAUGGUAAUGACAGCCUUCGGAUGGAUCAGGUGUUCGAAACACAUGCCGGCAUCGCCCACACGCGAUGGGCUACUCACGGCAGCCCUAACUGGGUUAACGCCCAUCCGCAAACGUCCGAUCCCGAGAACUGUAUGAAGUCGUUAAUUAACGGAAAGGCAAUGGAGCAGUUAGACAAGUUCAAGUAUCUCGGAAUUGCAUUUACUAGUGAUGCAAAAUUGGAGGAAGAGAUCGACCGGCGAAUUGGAGUAGCCAGUAAAGUUCUGCGUGAACUAGCCCGAACCGUUGUGACGAAAGCAGAGCUCAGUCUGAAAACUAUGCUCUCAAUA